UUUUGACUGGACCACCUAUCGGAAUACCAAAAAAUACCGUUGCUAGUGUGGGCUCCAAUAAAGGGCUUUAAUAAAGAUAUCGGUAAACAUGGGAUAGAAAAUUUAUAAAAAAAGUACCUUUAUUUUCCUAUAAAAAAUAUAAGAUGACCUUGUCUCACAAACAUUCAUUUACUAAAAAAAAUAAUUUUUUUUCUCAGUAUAAUCACCCCCAUCACCACCACAAUUAUCAUCAUCACCAUCAUCGCGAUAUUUUAAAUAAACAUUCCCCCAUUAUUUUUCAACAAAAUCAUAACAAUUACAAACAAAAAUAUCAUCACAAAAAGAAUCACAAAAGAAGAAGUCUACAUUUACUACAAAAACAAACAGAAAGAAAAAGAGGGGAGGAGGAAAGUGUAGAAAUUCCUUCAGCAAGAAGACCAAGGCGUUUAUUUAUUAAAAAACCUUUUUGGCCUUGGCCUUAG